CGCCAGAGCGCGACACCGUCGGCUGUUACGUCACCAUGGACUUCUUCCCAAGCUCCAGGUCCGAGUCCUUUUGCUGAUAGCUCCGGAGGAGAACGCAUCGUUUGACGGACUGUCCGGCGCAUUUUCCUCUUUGCAAGUAUUCGAAAAUGCCUCAAAAGAGGCUCUGUAUGUACCAUGGUUGCCAAAACUUUACAUCGGACAAGGAGAAAAAUAUUAGAUUGUACAGCUUCCCGGCAGAUCCAGAGAGGCGAGCACACUGGGUAAACUGCAGUGGGAACGCAGAUCGCCUCACAAACAUUGGCGCCACUUACAGGCACACAUAUUUGUGCGAAAAACAUUUUGAUGAGCAGUGGUUUUUCGACGCUCGGAGGAAUAAAUUAAUCACUGGCGCUGUCCCUCGGCAAUAUGUGCCUCCAUCGUCAAACUCUCUAAGCCCCAUCACAAAGCACAUAUUGGUUAAAACUCCAGUUGAAGGCCAGUUUGUCGUGAGCGUCACGGUGCCGCGUCACGAGCUUGGCGUUGUCCGGCCAUCUGGAGUGGAGUCUCCGCCGGAGGGAAAACACGUGAAACAAACUCAUCAUCGGGAGCAAGAAAACCCACCGCCGAGCCCACAUCUUGCGUUAACUAUGAGGUCCCCUGGUGCCAGCGUGGAGGCCCUCUUAGACGCCAACGUGGAGGCCGUCCCAGAGGCCAAAGUGGAUGAGGCCCUCAGCGUGGAGGCCGUCCCAGAGGCCAAAGUGGAUGAGGCCCUCAGCGUGGAGGCCGUCCCAGAGGCCAAAGUGGAGGCCUUCCCAGAGGCCAACGUGGAGGCCCUUAGCGUGGGGGCCGUCCCAGAGGCCAACGUGGAGGCCGUGCCCGGCGUACACGCCCUUCCGGACGAGAUUCUGACGUUCGUCUUCAGCAUGCUGACGAACGACACCAAACUCGACGUGCUGCCGCUGGUUUGCAAGCGCUGGCGUCAUUUGGCUCGCGACCCGUCCUCCUGGGCCGGCGUGGAGCUAUCGGUGCGGAAGGGCUCGUUCCACGAGUACAGGGCGUACCGCGUCCUGCGGUACGCACCCGCCGUCAAGUCCCUGGAGAUCGGGGAGUGGGACGUGGUGGAUGGCUUCUGCCAGUUGCCCAUCUGCGCCAUGCUGCAGUCCGCCUUGCGCAGCGGCAGUGUCCAGGUGAACACCGCCUCCAUUCGGAUCGAGGGUCACGGGACGAGCGCGAGGGCGGACGCGGAGGCUGCCGUGGUCCACUUCCUGUCACGGCAGCGAAGCCUGCGCGGUCUGCGGCUGAACCUGUCCUGGCCGUACGGCGCGGCCACCCUGGCCACCGUCGCGACGCUGGGCAGCUUGCGGAAGCUGGAGUUGAUCUACCGCAAGGCGGUGCCGAGCGGGGAUGUCGCGCGGUACAACGGGGAGCUUGCGCGUGCGCUGCCGGAGCUACGCGAGCUGCGCGUCUACGCCCACGACCGAGACAGUCUCGGCUGCUUCCCCGGCCUGGUCGGCGACCUGGCGCGCGGCGCGAGAGCGCUCCGCGUGCUGGAGGUGGACUUGCCGUCCGCCGCCGACCGGGACGCCGUGCUGCAGCUGCGCGGACUGCAGCACGUGCAUCUCCACGUGUUCAAGGACGCUGUCAGGCCGCAGGCCACGGCCUACGUCGUGCGGGAGGCCUUCGCCUUCCUGUUCCAGAUGGACACCACUGCCCUGCAGUCCUUGGCCAUCUGGCUCGGCCGUGGGGAACCGGAUUCCAACUGGCUCGGGGAGUUGAAACUGUGCCACAAAGUUGCCGAAGAGUUCCUCUCAUCCAUGCCUCAUGUAUCGUUUGAUGCGUUCCAUGGGCGUAACACCAAAAGCAAUGAGUGGUAUCGCGAAAUCAUCUCCCGUCUUGAAAAGAAAUGUCCUAAGGAUGCUAUAGUACCACCUAUGUAGUCAUUUUGAGAAGUGUGAAUACCUAAUAAAGUCCUUUUUGUUCUUAAACUGUUUUCCAUCAUAUUUGUUUCUUGUCUCCAGACUUCACGUACCAGAAAACUCCGUAAAAUACGGAGACUAAACGCUGACUGUUUAUUUUAAACGCAGAUCUCCGUUUGGCUCAAUUAUGGAUUUUCUCCUUUAAAAUCUGGAAGUUAUGUCCGAAGAUGUCUGGAAGGCCUCUAUAUCGAACAGAACAAAAUCCUUCGUGUAAUUUAAGAGUCGGUUGAGGAACCGAUUUAAAGGAAUCACAUACUGCUAGUGUAAAAGGGGUCAAGUUCAGUUGUACCUUCAUACCAAGUGGAUUUUCUCCUUAACUGCAAGGAAUUGUGUCAGAUAAUUUGGUGCAAUGACGAAAACCAUUCCAAGGCAAAAUAAUACAAUAGAAACUCAAUCUGGAGAUAAGUAGAAUUAUUCCCUUCUUCCGCUUCCUGGAUCACUCACUAAUCACAUUAGAAAUGUCAGUGUGGUUUUGUUGUACGGGCUCUCUAACAGAAACGAUCUAUGAUCGGUACACCGGGAACGGAUCCAUGUGCCAUGGAUCCAAGGGGGCAACAACUCGCGAAGUCCUGUGUACACUUGAUUUGCCGAAGUCUUGCGCGAAAUCGGUAGAAAUCUCGUGAAAUCCCUUCGAAAUCUUGGUGAAAUCCCACGAAAUCUGGCGAAAUCUCGCGAAAUACCAACCAAAUCUCACGAAUUCUGGCAUAAUUUUGACGUGAAAUCUUGCGAAAUCUCGACGAAAUCCCUACGUUUGAAGAAUCCUUUGUACAAAAAAAUAUCGAGUGGUUGCCGCCUCGCAUGGAUCCAUGUUCGCCACCUUACCCUUAAAACAGUUUCGCUCCAUGACGUGGCGAAAUUAAAUGUGACAAGAACCUUCAAUGACCGCGUUUUUUCUUGGAGCGUUCAAUGUGAAACGUGACCGUUUCCUUAAGCAAAGAUAUUCCCUCGGAAGUCAUGUUCAUAACUAUCUUCCAAUUGUCCGGACCAGGGAAAAACGUCGGAAGAACCCGAAAGCGCCCGGUCUGGCAGGCUGGGGCCGGGGUUCGCCCCGGAGGCGCGGAGUUCCACUGCUCGAUCCGGGAAUUCCGCCGGGCCGACGGAAGGGACCUUCCCAAUCCCUUCGCAUUUGGCGGCGUCCAGCAGCACUGUCUACGCCGUGUCGUGCGUGCCGGCAUCGCCCAGUGUACAUCCAUUCGUCGUCUGCUGCGCCGGUCGUGGAGCAGUUCCAUCUUACUCGGUUAAUCGGUGAGAUCGCUGGAGCGUCGCUGCGGUGCCCUGUCACGAGCUCGCUCCGGCCCAGCAUUCUGCAGUGGAGUCCUCGCCCGAGAGAAAACACCAGGAACGUACUCAACAUCAGGAACCAGAAAACCCGGCGGCCGAGCCCACGUGUUGCGAUAACCGAGAGGCGAACGUUUCGAAACGUUUGGACGCCGGUGAAAAUCUGCAGGACGUAGCCGCGGACAUAGGGGUGCACCCAGAGACCGUCCGAAAGUGGCACAAAGCAGGCGCCACGUUGAACCAGUUUGUGAACCAGUGCGGGAA